AUGUCCAUCUCAGUUGCCAUUCUGCUAUAUCAAGAUGUCGACCCCCUCGACUUCGGGGGCCCCCUAGGGAUUCUCUCGAGCUCUGUUCUCCAUGAUGCAUUCACAUUCACAAUCAUUGCCCAACAUGAACUCACAACAACGUGCGCUCAUCUGCGCGUACCGCGUGAUAUGUCUAUUGACGAAGCACAUGGAAAAUUGUCCCAAUUUGAUAUUCUACUAGUACCAGGCGGCUCUGUGGAUAGUUUAGCGGCUUUGGCUCAAAACACCGACUCGCCGGAAGUUAACUUCGUCAAGGCCUUCUCACAGCAAAGCGAGCGACCUUCAGGUUCGCGUCGACGAACGAUCUUCUCGGUCUGCUCAGGUGCUCUUAUUCUAGGUGCAGCGGGGGCCCUUGCCGGCAUGAACGCUACAACACAUCACCUCUGUCUAGACCUGUUGCGUGGUCAGUGUGCAAAGCAUGAGGAACGUACAAAUGUUGUGCACAGUCGGUAUGAGGUUGGAAAUUUGAGUCCAAAUGGUACCAGAGUAUUGACUGCUGGUGGCGUGACUGCGGGCAUGGACGCAGCUUGCUACCUGGUUUCCUUGGAGCUUUCAAUGGAUGAUGCUCUUGCGUCUGCAAAAAUGAACGAAUUCACUUGGCAGACGAAGGACCAGCUGAUAUAUCCCUCCUACUAG